GGAGGAGGGCGGCACUUGGGACCACCGAGAUGCUCCUCCCGUGUCGGUCCAAAGGAGGAGAAGAAACGCCGCCGGGAAAGAAAGGGCGCCGCCCGCCACUCACCGGGGUCCACAUGGCGGCGCUUUGAGGACGCGGGCGCUGGGUCGCCUCAGGGCCAGCAGGAGGAGGCCGCCGCCCCUUCGCCUCCUCCCGGCCCCGGGCCCGCCUGAGGAGGAGCCGCUGUUGGGCGGCGAGAGGCAGGAUUGGGAGGCGCAGGAGGCGGAGGCCGGGGCGGGGCCGGAGAGAGAGAGCGGGCGGGCCCUCCUCGCCUUUCCUCCCUUUCCCCGCCAGCUUCAAUCUCCUCCUCCUGCUCGGCGGGCGCGGCGGCCAUGGCCGGUGUGGAGGCGGCGGCGGCGGCGGCGGCGCGGGACUUCCUGGGCUGCCUCCUGCGGGACGUGCCGCGGCCUCUGGGCCCGGAGGAGGCCCUGCCCUGGAGCCCGCCCGGCCGCGGGGGCGGCCCCCUCAGCCCGGCCGAGGCGCCGGCGGAGCUGGCCGAGUGGGCCGGCGGCUUCCUGGGCAGCAGGAAUGCACCACCUCUUCUUGCAGCAUCCUUGAUUCAUGCUGCAGUCUGUGACCUGCUACAGACUGAUCUUGGUGAUUUUAGAAAGCAGAAUGUGGAAGGGGAGGAGGCUGGAGACCAUGGGACAUCUCCCUUGCUGGACAGAGGGCCUCUGCAGCGCUGCUUCUUCAACAAGCUCUGGGACAUUUGCUGCAAGUGGCAGAAGGAGCCUCCGCCACUGAGGCCACUCAAGCGCUACCUCCAGGUCUCCAUCCACGCCACCCGGAACACCCGCCGCAAAAUGGAGGACAGGCAUGUUUCCCUCCCAGAAUUCAAUCAGCUUUUUGGCAUGAUGGAUGACGUGGAUAGAGCGUAUUUUGCCGUGUUCGAUGGCCACGGUGGGAUAGAUGCUGCUAACUAUGUGGCCACUCACUUGCAUGUCAACGUGGCGCAUCACAAGGAGAUUCUGAAAAACCCCGAGGAAGCCUUGAGAGACUCUUUCCAGAAAACGGACGAAAUGUUCCUGUGCAAAGCCCGAAGGGAGAAACUGCGCAGUGGUAGCACCGGGGUGACUGCCUUGAUGGUUGGGAACAAGCUGCACAUCGCGUGGCUGGGGGACUCCCAGGUAAUGCUGGUGCAGCGGGGGAAAGCUGUCACCCUGAUGGAACCUCACAAGCCAGAGAGAGAGGAUGAGAAGCAGCGGAUAGAAGCCCUAGGGGGCUGCGUGACCUAUAUGGACUGCUGGCGUGUCAAUGGAACCCUUGCUGUUUCCAGAGCUAUCGGUGACCUCUCCCAGAAGCCUUACAUCUCUGGCUGUGCGGACAGUGCAUCGUUUGAGCUCACCGGUGCUGAAGAUUAUGUGCUUCUGGCCUGUGACGGCUUCUUUGAUGCCAUUGGACCUUUUGAAGUGGUGGAUCUUGUUCUAGAGCACUUAAUACAAAACAAAGGGGAUGGUUUGAAGGCCGCCGAGAGGCUGGUGGCAGCAGCCAAGGAGAGCGGCUCCAGCGACAAUAUCACAGUCCUGCUUGUGUUUCUAAGGGAACCCAAAGAAGUCCUGGCCGACUGCCUCCAAGACCCCAAAAGCUGCUCUGCUGAUGACAACGCAGCAGAUCCUCCCUUUAACUUUUUCAGCUCUGAAACGAACUGAAAUGGCAGUUGAAAAGAGACGACUGAAUCUGUUCAAAGCACGCAAGUAAAAAAGGAAAAACCAAAAGACAAAAAGCAAAGAAACAACCCCCUCCCUUACUAACUGGAAACAAGUACUGGUAAGGGGUGGACAAAAUGCUAGAAAUUAAGUGACCAAAAUGUCAAAAGCUAGAUUGUUCCAGAACUGGGGCCUACUUUUUGAGGUGAUAAGCCUGUGUCUGAACUGUGGCACUUCAGAUUGCAGGUGUGUCGGGGUGUGUGUGAGUGAGUGAGUGAGUUUGAGAGAGAGAGAAUUUACUUACAAGUAUUUAUAAACCACUUUUCUACCAAACAGUAUCCAAAGUGGUGUACAAUAAAUUAAGAACCAACUAAAAUAGACAAAACACAUGACUGAAUGCUUCCUCACACACAAAAAAGCCCCCAUCUAGAAAACCAGGAGUCAAAGAGAGGGGUUUCAGGAAGCCUGGCAUAUGAUAUGCAGACAUUUCUAUAGGCAGGCAUUUUGUUUGUGGAAGAACAUUCAAACAUGUGAGCCUUCGCUUGAAGUCUGCGGUGUUACGGCCCAGACAAAGUUACCGAAGAACUAGGCCUCAGACAGAGGGCCAAAGAGACUGGCAGUUUCUGCGUUUGCUUCCUUGGAAGUCAUUUUAAGUUAAUGUCGCUGUGUCUUGGCAGAUAGUGAAGAGUAUAUAAGCUAAAGAUGGAUACCAUUUGGGGCUCUCUGGAAUCAUUUUAAAUAGCAUUUAAGUAUUAUUUAAUUAUAAUAUUGGUGUAUUAAGCUACCACCACCAUCGCCAAAGACCAGCUAACUCAUGUGGAUAGAUUCAGUAUUAAAUGAAACGCCUGAAACGUAAAACCUGACCCUUUUGCAGAACGUAAGAGCGAAGGCCCCUUCUUGUCGUUGCAUACCAAAGAAAAUGUUCAUGAGGCUUAAGGGGAAAGAGACUAGUUAUUGGAAUGGCAAAUACCUGCAAAAAACCCACAACAAAAUCUCAACACCCCACUGCUGUACCAUAUCGGCAGCAUGGGCAACUCCUGCAGAGACAUUAUCUUACUUGUAAAUAGUACUCAGAACAUCUCAUUGUUCUCAUGGGAAACCUAUACACAGGACAGGAAGCCACAAUCCAGACGGAACAUGGUGAAACAGACUGGUUUCAGAUCGACAAAGGAGUAAGACAAGGCUGUAUACUUUCUCCUUCUUUAUUCAAUUUAUAUGCUGAAAAUACACUGACAGAAGCUGGAUUGGAAGAAGAUGAGCGUAAUUUUAAAGCUGGAGGAAAAAACAUCAAUAACCUGCACUACGCAGAUGACACCACUCUGAUAGCUGAGAAUCCGGAUGAUCUGCAAGCAAUAGUAAUGAAAAUCAAGGAGCACAGUGAAAAAAUGGGACUACAACUAAAUGAAAAGAAGACUAAACUAAUGACAACAGGUACAGCAACCAGCUUCAGAACUGACAAUGAAGACAUUGAAGUGGUGGAUAGCUUCUGCCUUUUAGGAUUGACCGUCAGCACUAAAGGAUCCAGCAGUCAAGAAAUACGCCGCAGAUUAGCACUUGGUAGGGAUGCAGUGAAGGCCUUGGAAAGGAUAUUUAGAUGCUAUGACAUGUCUACACCUACAAAGAUUAGAAUCGUUCAGGUCAUGGUUUAUCCCGUGACACUCUAUGGAUGCGAAACUUUGGACUUUGAAAGAAGCAAGAUCGAAAAAGUAUUGGCACUUUUGAAAUUUGGUGCUGAAGAAGACUUUUGAAGAGACCAUGGACAGCCAGGAAAACAAACCAAUGGAUCAUAGAACAAAUCCAUCCAGAAUUUUCACUCAAGGCAUAAAUGACCAGGCUCAAACUAUCCUACUUUGGACACGUUAUGUGAAAACCCAGCUCCCUUGAGAAGUCCAUAAUGCUGGGAAACGUUGAAGGAAAGAGAAGAAGAGGACGACCAGCAGCAAGGUGGAUGGACUCGAUGACGACAGCAAUGAAUGCACCACUGAGAGGCCCUGAAGGCCAAGUGAAAGACAGGUCAUCCUGGAGAGAAUCUAUCAAUGUGGUCACUAAGAUCAACACCGACUUGACGGCACUUAAUCAAUCAAUCAAUCAAUCAAACAGUACUAGCUUUGCUCAGGCAACUUGUGUGUGUGUAGAGCUGCAGCUGCUUCACCAAAUGUGAGGCUUACAUGAGUUUGCAAUGCAACAGCACUGAGUGGGGUUCAGAGUUUUUUUACUAGCUGCUGUAGGGGUUUCUUCAGUACGAACUAGGAACAUUCUGUUAUCCAGUCAGAAAAGCCUUUGUCCCUGUCCGGUGCAUCUCAUGGUGGUAGUCUCCAUGGGUGCACUAUACAUAUUUUUAUACUAUUUUUCUAUCGUUAACACCAUUUUAUGGCUAGGAACGUUUUGUUUCUGGAAGUGUUAUAUUUUGUCGGAGGCGUUAUUUAAACUAGGAUUUAGAAAUACCUAAGGCUUAUUCUUGUUACUUGUGUUGGAAACUGGCCAUUCUCAAGUGCCAUUAAGGGCUGCUUUUUUCCUGUAAUACUGUGUGGAGUGUGUGUUAGCUUGCGUCCUUUUUAAAAAGGCGAGCUGUUUCAUUUAUUUAAGCACUCAUAAGGCACUUCAGGCUUUUCCUGUGUUGAUGCAUGCAGAAAUGGGUGUGCUUCAAGAUGGUUUCUAGUCGGUCUUUGGGGAGGAUUGAACAGUGUGCUUUUCAGAAAGAAGAAUAUAUGUGAUAAGUAUGAGAUUAUCUCCAGCUGUUGUUAAAACUACAGCUCCGCACAACUGGGGGUUGUUCAACAACAGCUGGAGUGCCACAGUCACCUACCGCUGGGCUAUCCCUUAGCUGGGUACCAACCUCCAAAAAGCCGUUGUGAAGGCUCAAACGACAUGUGAUACGAACGGAGCCAUUUGCCCAAAUCAGGGUCUCAUCAAGGGCUUCACCUCCUGCAGAUGUUGGCCUCCAACUCCCAGCAUUCCCAGCCACAGUAGCCAAUACAGUAGCCAAUAAUUAGGGAUGCUGGGAGUUGUAGGCCAACAUCUGCAGGAGGAAUGAAUGUUUGCAGCCCGGGGCUAGUCCAAUAAUAUAGAAGAUGUGUGUGGUGUGGGGAGAGAUGGGGUAAGACAGAGCCUUCCCACAAUUCAUCUCUCAACCUUCUUCCCCACCCCUAGUUCAGGUUCUGAUGCUGGAGAUGGGCCCUGAUGCACAGGAAGUGUGGGGAGAGGGUUGCAGGGAGGUCAGCUUCAGGAAGGGCUCAGCACCCUUGUGCUCUCCAUUUUUUGGCCCUCCGCCAUUCACUUGAUAUGCUGUCGGGCCAGGCCCAGAUCUAAACAACUAGGCCUGUGCAGAUCUGAAAGUUGUCUCCGAAUUGGAAAGUCUUGUUAAUUCUGUGUUCAUCUGUCAACACUGAAAACCGUUUGGCAGGUGGCGAAACUGGUAGGGUCGCGCUUGAUCCUGACUUGUUCAGGAGUGCUGUGCUUCCUGGAUAUACACUUUUUAAAAAAAGUUUGAACCUUUGUCUUGAGGGCCUACACCGGAGGUUAAAACCUCCCUGUUGAAGUGAGGUGUGUUCAUUGUACUUGGACAGUAGCUUGCUAACAGAGCAUUAGGUUUCUCAGGAGGCCUGGGAAGUGUGCCAAUUUUCUGUAGAAAUCGCAAGUCCAGAGUGGUUGAUUAUAAAGGAGGAAAAAUGAACUUGUACUGUUUGAAAUCUCUCGCCACAGACCUUCUUGGAUGGGAUGUAUCCGAAGGGGAUUGCAACCUCCUCUGAAAUGUGGUGAAUAAUUUAAAAUUUAGAAAGCAUUCCUCUCUAAUUAGCAUCUGAACUGGGAGGCGUGAGCAGAUAUCAAUGGCUGGCGCACGUUAGCAGACCUCUAGCAUCGUCAGUAGCGUCUGAAAGCUAUUGGGCCGGCUCAGAUGAACACAUCCCUGCGGACAUGAUGUCUUGGGGUCGUGCCAAGAACAGACAUGCCCUGACAUCACCGCUGGACAUGCUGACACAAUCUUGGCACGUUCUUUAAUCGAAUGAGAGGGGUGUUCAUCUGAAUUGCCCCGCAAGGGGCAAUUCAGAUGAAAACCUCUCUCGUGUGGUUAAAGGAUGUGCCAUGAUUGCAUCAGAAUGCCCGCCAAUGACGUCAGGGCAGGCCCGUUCUCAGCACAGCCCCGACAUUAUCACAUGUGCAGGGCUGGGAACCAGCCCACUCUAAAUCUUCUGAAGCUCCACUGCUACCUGUUCCCAGUACACCAUCAAGCAAACACUUGGAAUGCAGUCCACGUUCCUGUUGAAGUUAAGUGGCAAGACUCUUUCAUGUGAGGACGGCUCCUAACCGCUCGUGUUUUGUUUGUGUUUACUCCUGUGGAGGACUAUUAGCAAGCCCGGUCCUCCAGGCCUGCUCUCGGCAGAUGGUUCGCGAGAAAAUUCGUCGCUUCGUGGUGAAAACAAGGAGACUUCUUCAAGGGGAAAAGGCUUCUUGCCACAGCCUGUUAAUUCCUUUGACACGGAGUGUUUUGCAGAUACCUUUUGAGAGAGUGAGUGGAUGUUCAGAACAAUUUUUAGAACAAUCGGGAGGGGGAAAUGUAAGUAAAUCCGCCCUCUAAUAGGAGUGGGGGAGAGAUGGGAGUGCAUUUAAGAAUUAUGAGUGCCUGUUUUUGAAAAGGAGGUACGCUGGAAGAUAAAGCUGCAAUUGUCAGUUUCUGUUGGAGGAACGCUGCUUGCUGGCAGGAGAGAGAAAUGUACGCUUUCAGGUGGCUCUGAUAUUACCAAGCAUGCCAAGAAGAGGCAUUUCACAUGAUGGGGUGGUUGGCGGAGAACAGGCCUUGUAAAUGGAUUUCCGUGGCUUUUCCAAGCAUUUGGCUGUCCUUGAAUGUGUCAGUACUGUGGCAUUUCCAAAACACGUGAUUAGAGAGCGAGAGAGAGAACAGUUUCUGCACUUGCAGGUACUGCUCCACACACCUUUAAGUAAAUAUCCUGAAGGUUGCUGGUGGCUUGAUACUGCAGGUUAGUUCUGACAGAAUGCAUUUCUUGAUGGUUUGGGCUGAUUUGGCAGCUGAAUUGUGUUAAUCGCAGCAAUGAAUUUAAUAGUUGACCCUUGGUGGAACUCAGAGUGGGAUGCAUUGCUUUCUUCUACCCACCCCCCCCCCCCGCCAAGUGCUCCCAGAGCUAUUUUCAUAUUUACUGUAAAAACACUAAAAUUUGCAGAAGAAAGUCCUCCCGCUUUUGAAAUGGGCUUGCUCUUUGCCUUCUGGCAUCAUCCGCUUCUGCUUCAUCAGAACCCAUUAGGUUGCUUGCCGCAAGUAAAUGGAGAAUGGCCUAUCAGUCUGCUAAGGCCCCUAUUCCGGGCACAGCGGAUCGUGCCCUCUCCUACAGUGUCUUAAUUACGGGCAGGCCUGGCAGGAGUCUGCACUUAAGAGCUUCGCGUUCUGCUUAUUCUGCAGCUCAGGAUCGAGACGGUGACUUGCAUCCUUUCAAAUGCAAUGCAUAGGUCAAUUGGGGGUGUGGGGGGACGGACCAGGAGCCACGGGAAAGAGAGAGGAUCUUACAGGGCACAGAAACGCGACACUUUUACCCUUGGAAGUUCUAACCGAGUGUCCCUCUGGCAUGCGCAAGACUGCACAUGUUCAAGAUAGUCUUUUCAGUGCUGAGGACUAGCAACUUCUUUUUAAAAAUAUAGAUAUAUUCUCAGGAAGCCCAAUUCUGCAUUUGGCAGCAUGCGGGUAGUAUAGAAUUCAAGCAGACCCUGUGUCUGGAUAGUCAGUUGGCCAUGCGUGCUUCCCCCAAACCGGAGACAAUCAAAUAGCUCUGAAUAAUGCAGCAGUAUUUUCCAUCAAAUCAUUUCUCCAGCGUUUGACAUAUUAUGUAACUACAGAAGUACAGACCGUGAGCGGCAAUGUCCUACUCCUGGAACCACUUCUAUUGAUUAAAAAGUUGUCAGUAUUAAUGACUUUGACAGUACUUACCUGUUGAUUUAUUUUGGCAACGUUCCCUCGCUGUAUUCUGUUGCCUAAUCAGGCUUGAGAGGAACCCCAGAAGCAAUUAUGUUUAGAAUUAAAGAAACUCGUAUCUGUGUGUCAUUUCAGCGUAAUCCUAUUUAUUUUCAGAUAAGCUGUGUAAGAAGUAGGGUGGGCUUUUGUAGCUUUGGCACUUAUCCAGUAUUUUCAGGAGUUUUUGCCAAUUUAUGAUACGUGCAUUAACUGUGUAACCCUGUUGUUCAUGAUUAUGUGCUCCGGCAGAUUUUAUCUUCUUUAUUUACGUGGAUUUUUCUAACAGUGCUUGUGUACAUUCUGCAAUAUUUCAUAUUUGUUUUGCAUGCGGUUGAUUGGAUUUGUGUGUGUGUGUGUGUGUGUGUGUGUGUGUGUGUGUAAUGUCCUGUAUCCACACAGUGCCUCAUGUAUCUAUUGCAUACUGUAAGGAAGGAAACGUGAGGAACAGGAGAGGGGAACCCAUUGGCUAUAGAAUGUGAUGUCUUGGAGUGUUAAUAAAUGACUAAAGAUUUCA